AUAUAUAUAUAUAUAUAUAUAUAUAUAUAUAUAUUAUGAAUGAUUGGAAAAUAAUUUACUCAAAGAUUUCAUUUCCAUUUUUCUGUCUCACAGAAGUCAAAAGUGAAAUAGAUGUUAAACAUUUGUCCAAUAUUUACGUGUUUAUGUGAGCGGCUUGUAAAUGACAGACGACACGUUUAUAUGACCAGAUGACCAGAAAAUGUUCUUUAUGUUGAUGCAGAUUUAAAGCGUCUCAUCACAUUCGCUGAAAUAGAACGAAACAGAAAGUUGGGAAGUUUUGACUCGCAAAGAGCAAAGUAUAGCGACUAAACUUAAUAAGAACAUAUGCAUAUUUACACAUUUUUAAAGUUCAAAACCUAAAAAUGAAAAGGAAAAUCCAAACUUUUUAAGAGCAAGCAUGUCCAUAUAUGUAACAUACGGAGCAUGUCACAACCUUUAUAACGACAGAUUUUGAAUGUCUACAUUUUAUAUCAACCAUAAAUAAUUAGAAUUCUAUUCCAUUUGUUUUUAUGUUCAAAAUAAAUAUUAAAAUAAAAUAUGAGAAACUGUCAAUUUUGAUUAAUAAUGAAUGUAGUCUAUCCAUGCAAGGAACUACUACAUGUAAGUUUUGGUUUUCUUUCUGUGACAUAAAUAUAACUCUUGAUCAUCUUUUUUUUGAAUGUAUACAUGUUAACAGUUUUUGGGAGGAUUUCUUUUUCUUGGUGCUCCUCAAAGUUUCCCUUUCCUAUUUUUAUUCAGUUACAAAAGCAGAUCAUAUUAUUUGGAGUAGUUUCUGGUGAUAAUCUAUUUGAUUUGACAUUCAAUACUUUAUUAAUAUCUGGGGGAAAAUUUUAUUCAUAAGAGCUGAUUUUCAAAAACCAAACUAUUUUUCAAUACAUUUCAUAAAGAGAUCAGUUUAUAUUUUAAAUCUCUGAAAUUAAUUUAAAAAGAAAAUGCAAUAAAACUAUAUUUUUAUUGACGAUCACAUGUUGUUUGAAAAUCCCUAGUAUUGUAAACUACAAUUAUGUUUUUUUUUAUUUAAUUAUUUUUUGUAUUUAAUUCUUUUUUAUUUCUUUCUGUCGUAGCUAUUCAAUAAAAGUUCAAUAAACAAAAUAAAAAUUAAAAAAACCUAUCGGCUACUGCUGAGGCGGCAAGUCUGUUGUAUUACAAGAGUUACGAAACGUUCACUCAGUGAAAUGUAAAUAAAAUAUUUCUUGGUAAUACUGUACUUAAAAAAAAAAAAAUUUGGGCUGCUGGCCCUUUAAGAGCGCCGGUGCGGAAGUAGCCGAAGAAUUCCGGCGACAGUCGGCGAAAGGUCAGACCUGCUCUGCUUCUCUCCCUUCUGGGCUCGUUUCAGCGUCUCCAGAAGAACUCCUCCGGGUUCCGCUGCAGUUCUGUGCAGAAUCUCCUUCAAACCUCCCGAUGUCCGGGUCCAAAUCAUGCGCGCGGCUGCAGGGGGUCCUGCUGCAGCAGCUGCUGGACUCCGUGGACAGCAUCCUGUUCGACUGCGACGGGGUCAUCUGGCGGGGGGACCAGGUGAUCCCCGGCGCGCCGCAGGUCAUCAACCUGCUGAAGCAGCACGGGAAGAGGGUCUUCUUCCUCACCAACAACAGCACCAAGACCCGGAGGAUGUACGCGGACAAGAUGUCCACGCUGGGCUUUGACGUCACCGAGCAGGAGGUGUUCGGGACGGCGUACGGCUGCGCAGUCUUCUUGCAGACGGCCUGCGGGCUGCAGGGUCAAAAGGUCUUCCUGAUGGGGAGCCAGGCCAUGAGGCAGGAGCUGGAAACCGUGGGGAUCCAGCAGACCGGGGUGGGACCGGACCACGUCUCAGGGGGCCCGGGGGACUGGGCAAACGUGCCCCUGGACCCGGAGGUGAAGGCCGUGGUGGUGGGCUUCGACCAGGACUUCAGCUACAUGAAGCUGAACCGGGCCCUGCAGUACCUGAUCCAGAAGGACUGUCUGUUUGUGGGGACCAACAGGGACACCAGGUUGCCCCUGGAGGGGGGCAGAGCCGUCCCAGGUACAGGCUGCCUGCUGCAGGCCGUGGAGACGGCGGCCCAGCGCCAGGCCCAGACGGUGGGCAAACCCAGCCCCUUCAUGUUCGACUGCCUGGCCUCCCAGUUCGGCGUGGAGCGCGAGCGCUGCCUGAUGGUGGGGGACCGCCUGGACACCGACAUCCUGCUGGGCUCCAACUGCGGCCUGAAGACCCUCCUCACCCUGACGGGGGUCAGCACCCUGGAGGACGUGGCGGGCCACGAGGAGAGCGGCUGCGCAGAGAGGCGGAGGAUGGUGCCGGACUUUUACGUGGAGUCCAUCGCGGACCUCCUCCCUGCCCUGCAGGGGUGAGGAAGCAGACGUCCGACGUGGAAGAGUUUUAUUAAUAAUAGGUUUGAUAACUGCACGGACACUUUGACGGGUUUUUAUCUGAUCCAGUAUUGCUUUUCCGGUUUGUUGGUGUUAUUCUGAAAGAACCGGCCCCCUUUUUUUUUGGUGGUGAAACCUCCUCUUGGGCAACUUUCGAGUUCCUCAGGAGGAGAGCUUCACAUUGAAGGGAUGGUGCAAUGAGGAGUUCAGGUUUUUACGCACAAAUGUUUCAAGACGGAGCUUCUAAUAAAGCUUUUUCAUGAGAUCGGA